CCGUGUGUUUCCGGCCUCGACUAUUUCGAGUGCACCAAACGGAUACCAGUGAUAGCACCGAUGUACUGUUAAGAAGUAGUGUUUUUAGUCAUUCAGUACAACUUCUUGACUAAUGUCAUACAUCCGCCAUGAUACUGUAUAAAUAUCUAUCCCGUGGAAUCUAGAAAUCACUUUUGUUUUUACAAACGUUGUUCCAAUAUAUAUUUUUUGUUUGGUCCCCGUGAGCAGUAUGUGUCAGAAAUCCGUAUUUUUUAUUUUGUGUUUAUCUACAACGGUGACUGUUUUGCAGGGAACAUCUAUUUAUUCUAGAUAUAUGUACAGGAGUCGAUACACUGGGAAUUGUAGAGAGAAAUACUGUGACCUGGCCCACUUCAGUUACAACCGAGACAGCUGUCAAGGUCCGAACUUUUGGGACCGGGUCACUUCGUGCUGGGGAAAUUGUUCGUCCAUCUUACAGUCUCCUAUUAACAUUAACACAAGGGAGACAAUCUAUCGCCCUUUUAGGGGUCUCAAGUUCCUGGACCUUUGUGAGAGGAUCAGCGCCAAAAUAAGAAAUAAUGGACAUUCUCCACAUUUUAUGGCAGAUGACCGUACGCAGGUCAAACUCGGGAACGUUCCGUACAGCGGCAUAAACGGCUAUGCUUUCCAUGAGGUACACAUUCACCUCGGUCAGAGUGAGGUCCGAGGGUCCGAGCACUCUAUAGAUGACAGAUUUUAUCCAAUGGAGGCACACAUGGUAUUCUUCGAUGACCGCUACGAGAACAUUGAGGAAGCCCAGACACAGCCCGGGGCACUGGCGGUUAUUGCAGUCAUGGUGGAGAUUAAACGUCCGAAUCGACGAAAAUCGUACAGGAAGCCUAUCUUUCCCUUUCAACGUCGAUUUCAUCGACACAGACGACAAGCAUUCUGGCGAGGUCCGUCUUGCGCAGACUCCGGCGGAUGUAGAGUGAAAAGUGCCAGACGACUGAGUUAUCUAAUGGAGAAAUACUACACUAUCAUCAAAAAGCAUAGACCCGAGAAAAAUGCAGAGCAGAUUGAAAACUCUUACGUUGAAGUUAAAGAGAAGAUUUCUCUGAGUGACGUGUUACCUUACGAUUGGAGUUUCUAUACCUACCAAGGUUCACUGACCACGCCCCCAUGUUUUGAAACGGUUCAGUGGAUAGUGAUGAGAUGUCCAAUCAAAGUUUCAAGGAAAGCGUUUGAUGCACUUGGUAAUGUCUUAGAUAUUCAUGGCAACACUUUAAAGACGUUCGGGAUCCGGAGACCAUUACAGAGAGGAAUCAUAGAUCACCCAAGUGUAGAGGUAGAGCGCAAUUUCCGGUGCGGAUCUCUGGGUAACAGACGAGAUCUUUGUCCACCUAACCCUGAUGGACAUUGAACCUUUCCUUGGUCUUUGGUCAUAGAGUUUGAUGGAGAAUGAUCCAAAAUCAGAUAAGGAGUUUGUCCAUGGAGAAAGCAGAAAGUGGGUGGUACAAUGGAUCCCAGGACCCAAACAAUGGCAUUAUUGAUUUGUGACGAUGUAUUAAGAUGUUAUACGGCUUUUCAAUAAUGUAUUGGUUGCCAAAUUCAAACGUUUCGUUUAUGCUAUGUGUUAUUGAGGAUGGUUAACUCUUGUUCGUGAAUUAAGAUUUGGUUGAUCAAAUAGUACAUAAUUAUGAGAAUUCAACCCAAGAAAUGUCGUUCCCGGAACAUAUAUAAUCACUGUUGUUAAUCGGGUCAAUCUGGACGAAGAAAUAUGUAUAUGGUCGAAACUACAUGUAACACACAUAAGCAGUUAUAUAUACAUGGCCGAAUUAAACUUUCUGAUGGAUAACUUCUUUUUUUAAAAGUCAUUGCGAGGAAAGAGAAGAAGAAAAAUGUCUGUGAUUCCUAAUUACAUGUACAAAAUGUAAAUGAUCGUUCUACCAAGUGCUUAUCGUAGUGGGCGAAAUUGAGGUUAGAAUCUACAAAUACUUCCAUGAAUCCCAAGUCAUGAGUUUGCUCUACUUAAAGGUAUGAAGUACAAUCUGUGUCAUUAGAACAUUUCAGUUUUAUUUGACAUGCGUUGUAGCUAAUAUUUGUUUUUAAAGGUGGCGUUAUGUUGUUAACAUAUCACAUUGGUUGAUUUUUCCCUCCCUUUCUUGGGGGUCUAUUUUGAUCAUGCUGCAAUAAGUUUUUCUGCCUCAUCUUUUUAUUGUUCCCAGGGCUAUUGAGACAUAAUCAUAUGAAUAAAAUGGCAUAUUUACAACGAUCCACAUACAGUUUACCACAGUGUGUACAUUUAAUUAUAAUUACCAUUCAUACACUUUGUAUUUAUUUCUUUUCGUUCUGUUUAUGAUAUUGCUAUUUAUUAAAGUUAAUUAUGGUUA